ACUGGCUUCUCCAACAAGCCAACAUUUCGUGUUUUCCUGACCUUCAUCACACAUCUUCUAAGUUUGGAAGCGAAACUGACUUCAAUAUGACUAUGGAUAACGUGCCUGGGGUUUAUACCAAUGUGAAAACUCAAGAACUGGCGGAUUUCCUCGUCAAAACGGGCAUCCCCAAGGAACAAGCUCAAUCCUUUGUUGGCGUCAAGUCAACCAUGCGAUUGGAGCUUCACGAUGGGAACUGGAUUUAUGACUUGAAAUGCCCCGAAAUGCCGGGUCUAAACACCCUGGCAGCCUUUAAGGAAGGCGUUGAAACGGAAGUAGACAAUCCUGCCUUUGGAGGCAAAGCCAAGAUGGUAUUUACCACAAGCGGACCCAAUACCUUCAAAAGCAUCGUCACAAGUGAAUUGAUGGGCAAGAUAGUCUUUGAUGAAAAAUACACUGAGGAAGGCGCGAGCAUCACCUAUAACCACGAAAAAAGUGGAGCUACAGUUGCGGAAAAAUGGACCCGUGUCAUUGAUGAGGACGGAUGGUACAAAAUGUACAAAGAGGAGAACUUGGUCAACUUCAACAAGGCCAUGGGUACGCCGGAUGAUCUGGGGAGUGACCAGUCCAAUUUCAAGAUGAAGGUCUCCCACGUAGGGAAAGCGGUCCAAAUGAUCGAAUCGUGCGGUCACUCCGAGGUAAAGACUGUCUUCACCUAUGACGAGGAGUUUCAAUAUGGCUGGCCAGGAACCCCUAACUUAGACCGAACUAUGAUCGCCACCCGAAUGGGUCCGGGUCAAAUUCUAAUGCUGGCCAAAGGGUCCUCGGGGCAAAGUGAGGAGUGGCGGAUGACGAUCAAAAUGGAUGGAACCAUGCUUUGGGAGGGCCGUGACAAGGUCAGUGGGCAAAGCUGCAAGAUGUGGAUGAAGAAGAUCCCCUUGUUCUGUGGCAAGUUCAGACAGGUAUCCAACUGUGGCUUCGACGAGUAUGGAACAGCCAUGGGCAUGCCGGCUGAUAUGAUUUCCAAGCUCAAAAACGAUUUUGAAUCAGUGCUUUCUAUGGACAUGGUGGGAGGAUUGGUCCAUGUCAAGAGCACUAGCAAGGUGAUGCCCAUGGACAUGAGCAUGAAAUUCGAUGAGGAAUAUGAAAUCGGAAUGCCAGGAAUGGAGUCAUUCAAGGUGAUUGAAAGCCUUCAAGGCAAUGACAUCCUUUCGGUCUCGAAGGGCACCCGUUGCACCGUGAAGACGCUUACGAAGUUCACCAACAACUUUGCUAUCAUGGAGAGUGAAGUCGUUGGUUUGGGAGCGUCUUGCAAGAUUGUUUACGAGAGGAUCUAAUUCAGCUUUGAGGAUAUCUUGUCUUAAAAGAAUCAAAUUAAUUGAAAACCAUCUAUUGGAAAACAAAUCAAUUGACAUUUGUGAACUCGAGUUUAUGGGAUCAAAUUUGGAACAAUAAAUAAAUCUAAAUCUG